AUGGAAACGCCACUGGUACCCUACGUCAAAGGGAACUGUUUGGAGUUUAUUUGCCUGCUUCUUGAAUUUGUCCACGAUGACCUACAGUUCUGUUAUAGUUUUGUCAUCCUGUUCGGACUUCUCGAUAUCAGUUACCUUGGUUGUCGGCUUCAUCUUUCCACUACUCAGAAGAUCUUUUCAAGCUGGUCUUUUUCUGAACAUGUUCUUGAUAUUCUUUUCUCAAAUCUUCUAACUCAAAGCAUACUUUCUUCUGUUCCUUUUCUAAUAUAUCUGCUCGACACUUUCCGCCAUUAUUUUCUGCUAUUGCCUUGCUUGCUCUUGGCCCUUCUCAUUCAUGAGAAAUUCACCUUGUUCCAGGUAUUGUGGACUUUUUCGUUGUAUCUAGAACCUGUUUCCAUACUUCCUCAGUUUGUACUCCUGCAAAGGACCCAGAAAUAUGUGUUUCUUCUUGGUGCAUAUCAAGGAUUAUACAUUCUUAACUGGAUUUAUCGGUAUUUCACUGAACCACACUAUGUCCACUGGAUACCUUGGAUUUCCGGGAUUGUUCAAACACUCCUUUAUGCAGACUUCUUUUACUACUACUUUGACAGCUGGAAGAGUAACAAAAGGCCCCUGUUGCCAGCUUGAUCCCUCAUGCUUCAUGACAUGCAAAGGAUUAUAAGUGCCUAAAACUUUGGUUAAAAUUUUGUUUUUGAUGAACUUUCAUCCCAUUUUAUAUGUCAUUUAGUGAUGCAUACCCUUUUAG